AUGAAAUUACUUUGUAGUUCUUAUUCAAGGAUUGAAGAGUUCUGUAAAAACACAUAUUAUUUACCAGCUUUGUUGAAAAUUAUGAGAACAGAAGAAUUUCACGUGUGGAAUUGCUUAAUAGAGGCGGAGUAUGACUUUACAUUUAAUCGAAUUUGCCCCAAAAAUUUGACUGACACUUCGGUGCAGAAGUCUAUGCUUUUUGACAUCUCAACUGAAAAGGCUAGUAUUGUCCAAUUUUUCAUCCACAGUCAAUUCUAUGAGAUAGCGACACAACAUAUGAAAUCCUUCGACAUUUCAAAUCUAUCUCCAAUAGUUUAUGAGAAAGUUUUGUUUUAUGCAAGUCUACUGGAAGAGUCAAAUUAUAGAAGUCUUUUCUAUCGCGGCCGCUUUAUCAAUGAUUGGAAAAUGAUAAUGAAGAAUAAGAUACUACCUAAAAUACUACCGUACUAUCAUGAAAUACCUAUUGAAGAGUUGUUUUUGUUGUAUUUGGAUACUUGUAUAAGGAGUAUGCUAUCAGUCUUGGCGGCUAAAACAGUGAAUCAUAAUCAACCUUACGUUGAACAUAUGGACAUUAUGAAGUUGUAUAAUGGACAUGGGAAAGUUUGUUCAUGGGUAGUCUAUGCUUUUGUUUUAAAAGUGAUUUAUGAGACUUGGGAUUCCUUUAAUUUUGGCGUCUCAUCAACAAGUUUAACUCAUGCAAUUUGUACCACAUCAGGCAUAAUAGCAGGAAGUUUUGCUUACGUUAUAAUAAACCAGAAACUAUACUAUGAAAGACUUGGGAAUAGCGAAAACUUUAAAAGAUCAAAACUAAACGUUGAAUCACUUUGGAUUUUUUAUAAAUGCCUCCAAGAAAAUAGGUUUUUAUCUUUAAGAUCUGUAGAGAUCGAAAAUGGAAUCAAAGAUAAUUUGGAUUUCCGCUAUUCGAAUACAGAUUUUAUGACCACAUCUGUUCAAAUAUUAUUCAAGUUGAGUAAUUCCACUGGUGAUAAAAAUUAUCCUGAAGAUAUUAUUAGCACAUCCAAUCCAUUCAGAAGAAUUUGCUAUGCAAUUGAAGAAUUUGAUUCUAAAUCUCGUGGCGAGGUUGUGAAGACCAGAGCUAGCUAUGGUAUAGUUCUAAGACGAAUUGGAGACCACCAAAAAGUUUAUAAUAUCACUGGAUGUAUUGAGAAUGUAUCGAAUGAGAAUAUAGUUCCUUGGAAAUUUGAGGACUCAGAUGAUAUCAUAUCUUUGAUUGCAUUGAUAAGAUUUAACAAUUUAUUUUUAAAUUGCUUUAAAGCUUUAAGAAUUGAUUUUGACAAUAGAACUCUCAAAUUUAUUUCAUAUAAAUAG